AUGCGUCGUGAUGGUGUUGCCGCCGCCCGCCGGCGUCGAUCCGUGCAACAACCCUUCCCUUCGCCUAAACUGCGCCGCCCGGUCGAUCUGCUGCCCCAACCAUUCUUCCCCCAGACUCUGAUGCUACGUAGCAAAUUGUUUCCCCGCGGAAGCACACUCACCACCACCCCCGAAAUUCCAAUGGGAACUGAGACUCAACCCUCCAAAAGGCUGUCCGACAUGAACCCUGCCACCGGCAAGAUGCCCGGCUGGCCCGCGCUAUCGUACCCGACGCCGGUCGCACCGGCCGAGAAGUUAGAUAGAGCCUCGCCCCCUUUUCCAUCUUGA